AUGGUAAAGUUGAUUCAUGAUAGCCUUCUCACAGCUCAGAGUAGACAAAAAGGUUAUGCGCACCGGAAGGUUCGUGACAUAAAUUUCAUGGGGGGUGAGCGUGUUCUGUUGAAGGUUUUACCCAUGAUGGGUGUGAUAAAGUUUUGGAAGAAGGGCAAGUUGAGUUCUAGGUACAUUGGUCUGUUUGAGAUUGUUCAGCCUAUUGGUGAGGUAGCUUAUGAGUUGGCUUUGCCUCCUGGUUUAUCUGGUGCUCACCUCGUCUUUCAUAUUUCUAUGCUCAACAAGUACCAUUUGGAUGGUUCUCACAUGAUUCAGUGGGAUUCGGUGUUGCUUGAUCAGAAUUUGACAUUCGAGGAAACCCAGUUGCUAUUUUGGAUAGACAGAUCUGGAUGUUGA